UGAUGUGGCUACUGUAGAGGGUGGGCGCUGCUGCGCGUGAAGUUGUGCCAGGGAUACAUAGGACGUAGUUGAAAUUUCGACUUUGCAGUGGAAAAUUAAUAGGUAAAUAGUUAAUAUUACAGGUUUACGUUCAUGUAAAUUUAUCAUUAUACUUUGAAGAUCAAAUAAUUCUUAAUUUUGGACUGUCGCCAACCGUUUGAGGGCUGUUCGACGUUUCUAAGUGAAGGGUUCUGCUAUGGCUAAUCGCAGUGGAGCCCAACGGCCAAAUGGAACACAGGGGAAAAUUUGCCAGUUCAAGCUAGUUCUGCUGGGAGAAUCUGCAGUUGGCAAGUCAAGUUUAGUACUGAGGUUUGUGAAAGGACAGUUCCAUGAAUAUCAAGAAAGUACAAUAGGAGCUGCAUUUCUUACUCAGACAGUUUGCCUGGAUGACACAACAGUAAAGUUUGAGAUCUGGGACACUGCAGGCCAGGAGAGGUAUCAUAGUCUUGCUCCAAUGUAUUACAGAGGAGCCCAAGCAGCCAUUGUGGUGUAUGAUAUUACAAACCAGGAUACAUUUGGGAGAGCGAAAACAUGGGUUAAAGAACUUCAGAGGCAAGCAUCGCCGAACAUUGUUAUUGCACUUGCAGGCAAUAAAGCAGAUUUGGCAAAUAAAAGAAUGGUGGAAUAUGAUGAAGCUCGAGGUUAUGCUGAAGAGAAUGGCCUUCUCUUCAUGGAGACCUCUGCGAAGACAGCUAUGAAUGUCAAUGAUAUUUUCUUGGCAAUUGCCAAAAAGCUCCCAAAGAAUGAGCAAGUGGCUGGUGCAGGAACCAGUGGUCAAGGCCGGCGAUUGGUUGAAUCUGAAGGUCAGCAAAAGGCACCAGGAAAUUGCUGCAAGUGAUCCGUCUUUAUGCCAUUUUGGAUCUUCUUCAAAACUCAUGUUUGUUCCAUUCUUAGCUAGGAGGGAAAGGUUCCGGCUGGCUUUAUGCGGACCAGGCCGGUUCUUCGGCAUUUUUGUUAGCUGGAAACAUUCCUGGUGGUCGGAACAAGUAACCCCUCCAUAUGUGAAAUGAACAGAUUUCCACUAUAAUCCUCCUAUCAAUUGCCAUGCAGAUUAACUCGAUACAUUAUAUCAGUGGCAAUUGUUUAUAGGUGAAAUAAGUGUAAUAAUAUUAAUAAUAAUGAUAAUACGCUGUACGUAUGUCUGCCUGGGAGUCCUGGAAACAUACCAAUGUGUUUCAAGUGCUGCAGUGAACAGCGCCAUGGUACAGAACCAAGGAAACAUAAAAAACACAUCUUUGCAGUGAUCUGCUAGUAGAAAGCUACUUAGCAGUGAUUGGUAUUUUCACACGACUCCUUCAAUCAAGUCUUUUCAUCAAAUUUCCUCUUGAACACCUGGUGGUAAGUUGUAUGUUUUAUUGUUCAGAAAUGUGUUCCAAAAAGAAAUGUUUUGGAAUGUGCCAGCGAUAUGUUAAUUACAUAGAUUAGAUCUUUUAUAGUACUAUAAAACUACUAGUGCAGCUUUGUCUUGUUCCCCGUAAAAUUUAGUGUGCCGAUAUGUUGUCAUAAGUUUCACAAAUUUGAAAUUGAAAGAUAUGUUUGGAACAUAUUUCUGGCCUUGAGAUUGGUAUGUAACAGUUUAUUAUUAAAAAGAAAUAUGCUCAUGAUCCAAACUACUAGCUUGUGUAUCAUAUCAGUAUGAGUUUAUUAUGACAUAUAUCAUACCAGUGUAGUUAAAUUUGCAAUCAUAUUCAGUUUUUCUUUAGAUGUACAGAUAGGAUAUUGCUGUGGUGGUUGUACAUUUUUAUUCAAAUUCUUUAAUUGUUUUCUGAAAUAAUUAAAGACAAAUGAGCAGUGAGCUCUAAUUAGAAAUAUCAUGCAUGGGUGUUGAAAAUGAAAUUACCCUUCCAAAUCAAGCACUGUAUUAUACAUAUUGGAAUGCUUGCUUUAUCUUUCUGUAAGCACAGCAACACUGAGAUUGUACAGGAUAAAUCAUAAAGAAAUAAAGUUAAUAGGAUAUUGUGUAGUAUUUAUUGUUAUAGACAUGUCAACAUUUAUGCCUGGUUGUGGAGGUAAUGUUGCAUCUGGGUUGAAAUGGUUCUUCAGGUUUUUCAGUAAUACAACUACCCUUCAUAUUUUAAGAGGUGAAAGUCCUAUUAUAAUAUCCGGAAUGUAAUCAUGGUAAGAUAGGAACCAUAACAUGUACUAGAGUAAGGAACAUGUUCAAUUUUUUGUUCAGCUGUUUGCACCAUUAUAGUACGUAGAAGAACCAAUACAGACUUCUGUACUAGGUAGGCAAGAUCAGGUUUCUUUUCAAUUUUGAUCUUCUAGGUUGUGACAUCACAACCCAGAGCACUGGUCAACAUCUUCUUCAUUGUGAGAGCCUAAAAUUUCAGAAUUUUCUUUGCAUGCUGAAAAGAUGGGUGCACAUUUGAUAUGUGAUCAUUUAUUGCAUAAAUUCUUUUAUGACAGCAGUAAGGAAAGGGCACAAUUAGUAUGUUUUAUCCAUAAUGUUAGAUUCCUUAUGUAUAUUACCAGAAAUACCCAAAAUCCAUCUAAACCAGUUUUGAUGGAAAUGGGUAUGUCCAGUGACAUACUUAAUUCAUAUUGUGGCACCAUGUGGCAUUCUUUAAUUUUGUGUGUGCUCUUAUUUCUAUAUUACUGUGAUUGCAUGGACUUUAAUUAGAUGGGGGCAGGAAUCUUAUUCACAAGUUCAUGUUUAAAAGUGCAAUAAUGCAAUGUGCAGAUGAUAAUGAGAAUUUAUGAAUAGAAAAUAAAAUUAUUUCUGUUAUUAAAAUAGGUUAUACGUUCUGAGGAUUUCAUUUGUAGUUUCCAGGGCUAUGGACAACUUAGUGUGAUUUCAGCAUUUGCAAUGUGAUGCCAAGGCUAUCUGUAGAAGAAUUUUUCAUAACCUUUUUUCUUUUUUAAAUAUUAGUUACUUUGACAGGGUAGUCUGGUAUGGUAGGAAAAGCAUGGCCUCUGCCUACUGUUGUGUCAUCUCUAUGUGAAGUUCAUUAAAAUCCUGUACAAGAUUGUAAAAGAUGUAAUAAACAAUAUGUAGGUCAGAUUAUAUAUACAUUGAUACAUGGUUCUGUUGGACAUAUCGGAAGGUUUUAACAUGAAGUACAACAUUCCACAUUUCCGUAGCAUGUCAAAUAAUUUGUCAUUAAUUGGUUGGCAUUGUUUAUAGAAAGAAUUAACAAAUUAAUUGUGUUAAACUUACUGGCAUUCUAGUAAUUUAAGAAAGGCUAACCCUCGUGAGACAGAAUGCAAGACUAUAAACCUUUUGGCAGCAUCUAAGAAGAAAAUAAAAUCAUGUGCUGGAAUUGGUAGCUGUAUCAUUUCUACAAAUAAUGACUUUCUUUGAUUUAAUUUCCUUAUUAUAAAAAGCUGGGGCAGCUCAGUCAGUAUAGUGACUAGAACAUAGGGUAUGAUUUACAGCAGGGGCAUAGAUUUCUCAUUGUGAAUGCUUUCAUACUGACUGGGACCCACCCAGUGUUCUGUCCAGUGAACACCCAGGUCUCUUUCGCUGGGGGUAAAGGAGCUGGUAUGUCAAGCUGACCAUUCACCUCCAUCUGGUGUUAAGGUUAGUAAGUGGAAAUAUACCUUGACACCUCUUAUAAACAAAUUUGACAUGCUUAAACACCAGGAACAACUUUACCUUUUAUGUUACUCUAGUUAUCACACUUACAUAUGACAUACCCACAAUUACUUUUCAAAGACAAACUUAACAAAACCAUUGCACUGUUCAUUGGUACAAAUAAUAGCGAAUGGUUUAUUUGUAAUGUGCUUACAACUGGAUGCUGGAUUAAAUGCUCUGUAACACUUACAUAUUUAUAUUUAUCUGUGAGUUUGCAGAACUCUUACAUUCUUAUAUUUAUCUCUGUGUGUGCAGAAGCUGGUAAGAUAAAAUAUUUUAAUUGGGUUUAGAGAAAACAAUUAACUAUUGUAAGGAUGCAGACAUGCCAGUACUGUGCAUCCCAUUGCAAAGUAAUGGUAAGUACAGCAAAACUUAUAUGUAACAAAAUUCAAGGAGCUCAAUUUUUUUUUUAAGUUUGUGUAUGUGCAUUGUUUGCAUCGAGGUCUUUGUGUGCCUGCAAUUUGGAAUGUUUUUUGUUUGGUGUAUAUUAUGUAAAGAUUUUACUGUGUUUUUGCCUUGGGUUCUCAUUAGCUUGUAAUAACAUUAUAGAGUUUUGAAAUUAAGAUACAAAUUUUUGGUCAGUUAUAUUGAACAGAAGGCUUGCCUAUAAACAUUGUGACAAGACUUAUUCUUUUUUUUAAUUUGGUAUUAAUAAAACAUUACUUGUUUAGUGUACUAGUUCUGUGCAACUUAGUUGUCAUUCUGUUAUCGUUUAAAAAAAACAAUGUAUUCCAUUUUCCACAGAGCACACCCUGAUGUAAAUUGCAACUUGCACAAAAAUAUCUGAUGUAAAAGUUGCAGAUUUUUUGGAAAUAUAUAAAAGAUUGUACAUGUAA